AUGGCGGACGGGUCAUCGUCGUCCCCAAUUCAAUCAACCAUCACCAACGCCACCACAUCCAUGGAUCAACAACAACAGCAACAGCAGCAACAAUCGAUUUCUCAAAACCUCCCUUCUUCAAUCGACAACACCAUUGGUCAAAUCAUGUCAACCCCAUCAUUGCCAUCCCAGCAACAACAACAAGCGCCACAAGUUAAUUCAUCCAACGUUCUAUCGCAACAGCAGCAGCAACAACAAUUGCUUCAACAACAGCAACAGCAAAGUAAUUUGAUGGGGACAGCCAAUUUCCAAAUUCAUCAACAAGGUUUACAGAGGUCUCCAUCUAUAUCGCGUUUGAAUCACUUGCAACAGCAGCAACAACAACAACAACAACAGUACAAUAUGAGUGCGAAUAAUGCUGCCAGAAUCUAUGGACAGAUGAAUUUUGCUAGUGGGCAGCAGCAGAUGCCGCAACAGCAACAAAAUCAACAAAUUGGUCAGAUAGGAAACGCUACCCUAACCCGCUCAGGCUUGAUGGGCCAAACCGGUCACAUGACAAUGUUGCCCGGUCAAGCUGCCGCUGCUGCGCAGCUUAAUCUACAAUCCCAAUUGUCAGCAUCGCCUAGGCAGAAAACCGGGUUAGUUCAAGGGUCUCAGUUUCAUCCAGGAAAUACACCAGGGCAAUCACUGCAAGGAAUGCAAAUGGGGAUGAACAUGAUCAGCCCCUACAAUUUGAAUUCUCAAAUUAGGGCAAAUGGUUCUCUUGCUUUCUCUCAACAAAGGAUAAACCAGGGGCAGAUGAGACCACAAUUGGCCCAACAAAAUGCACUAGCAUCUAGUCAGAAAUUGCAGGCACAGGGCUUAUCACGGACCCCAUUUAUGAACCCACAGCUAUCAGCAUUAAGUCAAAAUGGUCAAUUAGCCAUGAUGCAGAACAACCUCACACAACAACAAUGGUCAAAACAAAUGCCUGCCAUGUCAGCACCUAAUUCUCCUUCAUAUCGCCUUCAACAACAACAAAGACAACAACAACAACAAGCAGCACUUUUGGGACAACAACAACAACAACAGCAGCAGCAACAACAACAGCUUCCUUCUUCUCAAAUGCACAAUUCCAUGUCCUUAAAUCAGCAACAAAUCUCACAAAUGGUUCAACAACAACAACAACAACAACAUCAGAAUCAACAACAGCAACCAAUUGGACACCAACAGAAUCCACAACAACUUUUGCAGCAACAGUCACCGAGAAUCGGAGGAUCCGCGGGUCAAAAGUCUUUAAGUUUGACCGGGUCGCAACCCGAUGCAACAGCUUCUGGGACGACGACACCUGGCGGAAGUUCAAGCCAGGGGACAGAAGCUAGCAACCAUCUUCUUGGUAAAAGGAAAAUUCGAGAUUUGGUUGCACAGAUUGAUCCAAGUAUAGUUUUGGACCCUGAACUUGAAGAAAUGCUUUUGAUGCUUGCUGAUGAAUUUAUUGAUUCGGUUACUUCAUUUGGAGCCAUCUUGGCCAAGCACCGCAACUCUUCAAUUGUAGAAUCAAAAGAUGUGUUGCUACACCUAGAAAAGAACUACAAGUUGACAAUUCCUGGGUUCUCAAGUGAAGAGAAGAAGCAAAAAAAAGACAAUCCACCAAGUGAUUUACACAAGAAGCGUCUGGAUAUGAUACAAGGGCUGAUGGAGAACUCAUGUUCUGAAACAAAUAUGAAUAAUAAUAAUAAUAAUAAUAAUUCUAAAGAAUCAACAAUUCCAAGAAACCAAUUUGGUGGAAAUAUGCAGCAGCAGAUGAGGGCUUCUGCAAGUUCUGAGCAGUUGAUGAUUCAAUCUCAAAAUAAGCAUCUUAAUAAACAAGGCUUUGAUGGAUAUUAGAUCGUUUACAUAGUUAAUGGUAAAACUGUUUUUUCUUUCGUUUUUUUUUUUUUUUUUUUUUUAUAAAUUGUG